GGCCAGUUGCAUGCCGGGGAGGAGCGAACUGAACCGCCUCCGGGGCCGGCGCUGCCCGGCAUCCCCUUCGCCCGCAGCCUUGACCCCGCCUGACCAGCCAUGGCAGCCUCACUGAGCCGCCCCUUCUUCAUCUCUCUCCACGUGCCCUAUAGGCAGGGCUGGGCCCAGGACCUGGCCAACACCUUCCGCUUCCAGCCCAUAGCCAUGCGGGAGACGUCGCGGGUCCGGCAGCUGGCUCUGUGCCGGGGAUGCGCCGUCUUCCUCCUCAAUGAGCGCCUGAACCCAGCACCUGCCACUGAUUCUUCCCAUGAAUUCCUCUACGACGUGGACCCCCGGCCCACCUUGGGCACAGCCUCCAAUGUCUGCUUCGAGGUGGACGAUGUGCCGGGGCUCUGCAGGCAGCUGCAGAGCCAGGGAUGCUCUGUGCCAGUGCCUCCCACCGAGGUAAGGGAUGACGGCGGGUCCGUCACCUAUGGGGUGGUGAGCUCCAUUGUGGGCAACAUCAGCCAUACCCUUCUGGACCGAUCCUGCUACCGGGGACCCUUCCUGCCCGGCUUCCAGCCCAUCCAAGGAGCAUCCUCGGCCACAGGGGAUGGGAUCGAGAUCACCGACUUCGACCACAUCACGUACGUGUGCCGGCGGGGCGGUACGCGGGCAGCUCUGGACUGGUACCAGCGCUGCUUCGGCUUCCGACGCUUCCUGCUGAACCCGAAGGAGAGGCCAGAGAAGGGGUAUGUGCUUGGGGGGCAGGGGACGGGGAUGCUGCUCCGUGCACUGCAGAGCGCCCAGGGUGCCCCAGGACAUGGCUGCAAGCUCGUCCUCGCUGAGUCCCUCUCCAAGGAUGGCACCAACCAAGUCGACACCUUCCUAGAGCAGCACGGUGGGGCCGGGAUCCAGCACAUCGGCCUCCGCACCACUGACAUUGUUACCACGACCAGGACGUUGCAGCAGUGGGGAGCGAGGUUCUUUACACCCCCAGGCACCUACUACAGCCAGGAUGGCAAAGCAGAGGAGAUCCAAGGGGCCGGGCAGGACCCACACACACUGGCAGAGCUGGGCAUCCUGCUGGACACCACAGCACCCAGGGACAAGGGCAUUGAUGCUGCAGAGAGUCUUUCCCAGGAGUAUCUGAUGCAGAUCUUCACCCAUCCCAUCUUCUCUGAAGAGACUUUCUUCCUGGAGCUCAUUGACCGGCGGGGAGCACCAGGCUUCGGGGAAGGCAAUAUACGGGCACUGUGGAAAGCUGUGCAGAUCUAUAUGGACCAGCAGCAGUAGUGGCAACGCUGUGGUCCUCCUUCAGCUCCUCAUCCUCUCUGGUCCAUCCCUGGGGCA